GACGUCGUAUCCAAUCCUCUCUCUCUCUCUCUCUAUUAUAAUUCCCUUAACAAAAUAAUACUUAACUCUAAAGCUUUCGAGUUUCAUCAUCUCUCUCCGGUCGAUCUGAACUUAGCAAGUAGUAUCAGAGAGGAGAAGAGAGGGAUGGGUUGUGCGCAGUCAAAGAUCGAGAACGAAGAAGCAGUGACACGUUGCAAAGAACGAAAACAAUUAAUGAAAGAUGCCGUAACAGCUCGUAACGCUUUCGCCGCCGCUCACUCUGCUUACGCCAUGGCUCUUAAAAACACCGGAGCUGCUCUCUCCGAUUACUCCCACGGCGAAUUCUUAGUCUCUAAUCAUCACUCCUCAUCCGCCUCAGCUGCUGCUAUCGCUUCUACUUCCUCCCUUCCCACCGCUGUUUCUCCUCCUCCUCCUACUUCCGUCGCCGCCGUUUCUAAUCCCCCCGCUCCUUCUUCUUCUUCCUCCGCCGAGCCGAUUCCUGAUACUCUUCCUCCUCCUCCUCCUCCACCUCCGCUUCCUCUUCAACGUGCUGCUACUAUGCCGGAGAUGAACGGUAGAUCCGGUGGUGGUCCUUCUGGGAACGGUCUCAACGGAAUUGAAGAAGACGGAGCCCUAGAUCACGAUGACGACGACGAUGAUGAUGAUGAUGAUGACUCCGAAGUGGAGGAGAAUCGUGACCGUUUGAUUAGGAAAUCGAAGAGCCGUGGAGGUAGUAGUAGUACUAGAACGAGGAAUACGAUUGAUGAUCAUCAACAUCAUCACCUGGAGGAGAAGGCGCCGCCACCUCCUCCGGCGGCGAAUUCACGGCCAACUCCUCCGCCACGUCUGCAGCAGCAUCAACAACAGCAGCAGCAACCUUUCUACGAUUACUUCUUCCCUAAUGUUGAGACUAUGCCUGGAACCACAUUAGAAGACACUCCUCCACAACCACAGGUUGCAAAACCUCUCCCUCCUCAACCACGUUCACCAGUCACAGAGGAAGAAGAAGAUGAUGAUGAUGACGAUGACGAUGAUGAUGAUGAAGAGGAAGAAGAAGAGGAGGCGGUGGAGGCCGUGGAUGAACGGAAAGCUCCUCUGGUGGAGGAAAGACCGAGGAGAGUGGAGGAAGUGAGUGUUGUUGAAUUGGAAAAAGUUACUAAUUUGAGAGGGAUGAAGAAGAGUAAAGUGAUGGGGAUGGCCGGAGAGAGGAGAGGAAUGAGAAUGCCGGGGACGGCGAAUUUGGGGAAUGUAUUCAAUGAGCUUGAUGAUAGUUUCUUGAAAGCUUCUGAAAGUGCUCAUGAGGUUUCUAAGAUGCUUGAAGCUACUAGGCUCCAUUACCAUUCUAAUUUUGCAGAUAACAGAGGACAUAUUGAUCACUCUGCUAGAGUAAUGCGUGUAAUUACAUGGAAUAGAUCGUUUAGAGGAAUACCAAAUGCUGAUGAUGGGAAAGAUGAUGUCGAUUUGGAAGAGAAUGAAACUCAUGCUACUAUUCUUGACAAAUUGUUAGCAUGGGAGAAAAAGCUCUACGAUGAAGUCAAGGCCGGUGAACUCAUGAAAAUCGAGUACCAGAAAAAGGUUGCUCAUUUGAAUCGGGUAAAGAAACGAGGCGGUCACUCGGAUUCAUUAGAGAGAGCCAAAGCAGCGGUUAGUCAUUUGCAUACAAGAUACAUAGUUGAUAUGCAAUCCAUGGACUCCACAGUUUCAGAGAUCAAUCGUCUUCGGGAUGAACAACUAUACUUAAAGCUCCUUCACCUUGUUGAUGCGAUGGGGAAGAUGUGGGAAAUGAUGCAAAAGCAUCAUCAAAGACAAGCUGAGAUCUCAAAGGUUUUGAGAUCUCUAGACGUUUCGCAAACUGUGAAAGAAACAAAUGAUCAUCAUCACGAACGUACUAUCCAGCUCUUGGCGGUGGUUCAAGAAUGGCACACACAGUUUUGCAGGAUGGUAGAUCAUCAGAAAGAAUACAUAAAAGCACUUGCCGGAUGGAUAAAGCUAAAUCUCAUACCUAUCGAAAGCACACUCAAGGAGAAAGUAUCUUCGCCCCCUCGAGUUCCGAAUCCUGCAAUCCAAAAACUCCUCCACGUUUGGUAUGAUCGUUUAGACAAAAUCCCCGACGAAAUGGCGAGAACUGCCAUAAUCAAUUUUGCAGCGGUUAUAAGCACGAUAAUGCAGCAGCAAGAAGAUGAGAUAAAUCUCAGAAACAAAUGCGAAGAGACAAGAAAAGAACUAGGAAGAAAGAUCAGACAGUUUGAGGAUUGGUACUAUAAAUACAUGCAGAAAAGAGGACCGGAGGGGAUGAAUCCGGAUGGGUCAGAAGCGGAUAACAAUCAUAAAGACGAGGUCGUUGUGAGGCAAUUCAAUGUAGAACAAAUUAAGAAGAGGUUAGAAGAAGAAGAAGAAGCUUACCACAGACAAAGCCAACAAGUUAGAGAAAAGUCAUUGGCUAGUCUUCGAACUCGCCUUCCUGAGCUUUUUCAGGCAAUGUCCGAGGUUGCAUAUUCAUGUUCGGAUAUGUAUAGAGCUGUUACGUAUGUGACUCAGCGGCAAAGCCAAAGCGAACGGCAUCAGAAACAUACCCAGGGACAGGGUUCGUAAGAUCAGAGACUCAGUUUUUUCUAUGAUCUUCUAUUUUUAAGCAUACACACAUACAACGUAUAGCUAAAUAUCUAUCAUUGCUUUCUUGUAUUAAGUUUUGGGUUUUAUAAGAAGAUUUGUGACAUCUGAGAUUCAUAUAGUGUCUGAUUUGUUCUGUUGAGUAAUAAGUAAGUUGUGUAUCGAGUUAGAGUUGCAUUUGUAUAGUGAUGAAUCCUUGUAAUUUGUAAAACCCAUAUACAGUUUAUAGUUUAUAUAAACUACAAAUGCAUUGUGCAACUA